GCUAAGCAAUCAGUUAUCCGGAGCCAAACUCACACCUCUUUACCGUGUGGUACGUUUUCUCUCCCCUUCCGAACCCCUCGCGUCCUGACCUUCGCUUCCAAGUUCCAACGCGGCGGAUCUACCUUCAACUGCCGCGGUGCCGCCUUAGCGUCACCGCCGGCGACUCGAUCCGCCCCCCUCCUCCCGCCACUCGGGGACGCGCUUCGCCCGCCACCGCCACCGCCACCGCCGUUCCCCUUCUUCCUCGCCCCCGGGAGAUCCUGGCCAUAGGAUCUCCUUCCUUCCUCCGAGGAUCAAAGUUCAGGUUGGUGCCAACAUGUCGUCGAAGAAGAUAGAGCUAGACCACAAGGACAUGGUUCAUGAUUCUGCCAUUGACUACUAUGGGAAGCGCCUUGCCACAGCCUCCUCUGACUCCACUGUGAAGAUCACCAACAUUGGGGGUGCAUCUGCCCCGUCCCAGCUCGUUGCGACCCUCACUGGCCACUAUGGUCCUGUGUGGCGUGUCGGAUGGGCCCAUCCCAAGUAUGGUUCAAUUCUCGCAUCCUGUGGCUAUGAUGGCCGUGUAAUAGUCUGGAAGGAGGCUGCCACUGGGCAAUGGUCUCAGCUCCAUGUGUUUGACAACCACAAGGCCUCCGUUAACUCCAUUGCUUGGGCUCCAUAUGAACUUGGCCUUUGCCUUGCCUGUGGGUCUUCUGACGGCACCAUCUCUGUCAUCUCCAUGCGGCUUGAUACAGGAGGAUGUGAGGCCGCAACCAUCGAGCGGGCACACCCUGUUGGCGUGACAGCAGUCUCCUGGGCUCCAGCAGCAGCACUUGGGUCCAUGGUUGGCUCAGAUCAGCUCGUCCACAAGAUCGUGUCUGGUGGCUUUGACUGUGUCGUCAAGGUGUGGGAGUUUGUCAAUGGUGGCUGGAAGCUGGAGAGCGCUCUGGUCUCCGACAUGCACAAAGAGUGCGUGAGAGACGUCUCAUGGGCACCGGUCCUGGGCCUGGCAAAGUCAACCAUCGCCAGCGCGUCCCAAGACGGCAAGGUUGUCAUCUGGACCAGUGGCAAAGGAGGAGGCAAGUGGGAAGGAAAGCUCAUGCGCGACUUCGAGGCUCCGGUGUGGAGGGUGUCCUGGUCCCUGACGGGAAACAUACUGUCCGUGGCUGCCGGCGAGGGCGACAUAACUCUGUGGAAGGAAUCGUCGGACGGGCAGUGGGAGUCGCUGUGGACCAAGGCCUCAGAGGAGCCGCCGCAGGAGGAGCAGGCGAUCGAGGAGGCCAUGCAGUAGGGGAGUCGACACCACAUCGCCCGUGUCGAUUUCGGACCGUGAUUCGUGUUUCUAGCGCCAAGGCCAUGACUUGCUUUCACCAGAUACUCUUAGAGAUACUCGUUGCCAUCUUUUUUGCCGUUUGUUUCUAUAUGGACAAUGUCUGAUUGCACUGUUAAGUUUUAUACUGGUCAUGUACUCUUGUGCACACCGUCAGAAUGUAUCGUCUGUUUGAACUGCUUA